AUGAUGGCGCCUACACCGCUGCAGAUGCUCAAGAGACUCUGGGACUCCCAGGUCAUGGACGAGGAGCAGCGGAUGUUCAACUAUAGAUUGCUAAAGGCUGCGGGCGUGUUUGCUGGAUCAGCCCUCCUGAUGUACAACUUUGGUGACAUGAUGACACCUGAAGGCAUUGCGGAAGUUUUGUCCUAA